AGUGUAAUUUUAUCGAAUACCGAUAGAAUGCAAUUAAAUGACAUCAAAUUUACGAUUAAUAUUAAAUUGAUGCGCAAAAAGUCUAAGAAUUCAAUUGUGGAUUAGAUUAACUCAAUACAUUCCCGGUUUGGAGCCACUGUACCUGGUGUCCUCAUGCAUAUGCAACAAUUCAAAAGAGACAACGAGACAAAAACAAUAAAAGCAGACAAAUCAAAGAAUAACAUGAACCCAAAAAAAAAAAAAACCAUGGAUUUCGUUUGACAUUCUUGUCGUUCGCACAUUCAGUGGUCGUCGCUGUAACGUGGAACAACCGCAAAAGUAAAUCAAACGUCAAUUCGCGAAGAACGGCUCGAACUGUGGCUGUCGCUGUCUGCCAAAGUGAGAAUCUGAAAAACAACCAAUACGGUAUUUGAACAUGACAAGGGCAAAUAUUUACUAAAUUUCAGUAAAUUUUUUUUGUAUCGAGGGUUUGUUUAAAUUGUGAAAUGUAAAUAGAAUUUCUAGAAAAAUGUAAAGUGAAUAGUUAAUUAAAAGUUCUUUUGAUGUGAAUUUUAAACAAUGAAAUUUGAAAUACGAAAGCAGUAAUGUUGAAAAAGUCCUGUGUCUUCACCAUAUAAUUAUGACCUAGUAAAGGAUUGUGAAAACUUUCCUUAAUAUCGGUUUCAAGGAAAAAAUAGGUAGUGUGACAGAAAUAAAAUAAAAAAAAAACAAAAUACAAAUUACAAAUUACAAUAUUCAAUAAAUAAAGAAAAGAGAAAAAGCCUAAAAUAAAGUCAGGAAAAGAAACGGCAAAGGAAAACGAAUUAAAAUGAAAUAAGAAAAAAUACCAUCAACUCCAAAUUAACAUCUCACAAUUGGGAUAUAUAUUGAACUGCCCUUUUGGUGGUCACGUUUUCGUUUUUGCUCUGCGGGACCCGAUUUAUUCUUUUCUGGAUCACCAUCGUUGACAAUGUUGCUGCUGUAUUACACAAAUACAAUUCUCUUUUGGUUUGGUCUGCAAAAUUCCAGCCUUUCCGAGGGUCUGGCGAAAAAGUUACACAAACAUGACUUCGAUUAUUUGCCGCAAGAAGUUUGCAUUGCCCAAUGUUUGAAUCGGAUGAAAUUAAAUGAAACAACGUUACCACCUCUUUUGCCCAUAGAGAGGGGAAAUGUUACGAAACCGCUCCUUGAAAUAUGUGUUGACGCUUGUGAGAAAUUCCAUCCAAAUCCACAUCAAGACAACAAAUCGACAGUUAAACGUGUUCACGAAAAUUACACACUGGACUUGAUCUGUCGCGAUGAAAGUAGUUUAAAUUUUAAAAUAAAUUUGCAUUCCAUGAGGAAGGCCAGAAUGUCAGAGCUCCACAGCAAUACAAAGUCCAACGAUACGGCAAAGGAAACGGAUGUGACGACAGCAAGAGCAACAGCAGAGAAACAAAUAAAAACAACAUCUUUAAAUGCCGUCUCCAACGCUGAAGAUGGCGACAAUCCAGCUGACGAUGAAAGCAACGAAGGAAUGGAGCUAUUUGUUAUAAAAAUUCAUUUGGCCAAUGAGACGCAGAAAUUUUUAGUUUAUCUGUCGGAUGACAAUUUUUUCACCAUCAACAAAUUGGCUGCCAACACCGCCUACAACAUUUCGGCUCUGGUUGUUCACUCGACGAAUAAAUACUCCGUCAUUGCUCUGGAUCAGCAGUUCCAAACGUUGCGACGCUCUUAUACACCCGGUAACAUUACCGACAUUAAGGUAUCCGAUUUCAUCGAAGACAAGGAGAAUCGAAUGCAUUUAUCGGCUGUGCUGACAUGGAAACCGCCUCCAGACAUGACCUGUCAUUACGACAUCAUUUGUUUUUCACCCGAAAGUGAGGAUUACGACUUACAGCCGCUGGAAAUACGUGACCCACGUCAGCUGUAUAAAUAUCGCCUGGAAAACUUAACCUUUUCAUCGGUAUACAAAGUGGGUAUCCGAGCAACAAACACGAAAAACAUGAAAGAGAGCGAACUUUUUUGGAAAACAUUUCGUGCGCCAUCAUGCGUUCAGUGGCAUAAUUACAAUUUCAAUAUUUGUGCUCCUGAACCACCAAAAAAUCUACAAAUUGAGCAAACGUUCCUGGAACAAAAUGUGUAUUCGCUCAACAUCAGCUGGAACCAGCCCCAGUACCUGCCUGACAACUACACAUUAUUUGUUACUGAUCUCUCACCUCACGGCCAGAGACUUUACUUUAAUGUUUCAAAGGAUGUUCAUAAUUUUUUCAUAGACCGUAUUAUUAUUACCGGAGUGUUUUACGAAGUGAGCCUGACAGCAUCCUCUGUGGGUGGCAGCACAACCGCAUCAUUGACGGAUGUUACAAAGACAAUUGUUCAUAUACCUGAGAAAAAUCACUUCGUCAAAGUGGUGGCAGUCAUUUUAGCUCCAAUAUUUUGUGUUGCCAUUCUAUCGCUGACAAUAUUCAUCAUCUAUCAUCGGCGGGCGAAAUUAAAACGCUACCAGGAACGAUGCAAAUACUUUGAGGAACUAGAAAAGAAAGCGCCCUCGGAUUCCAAGGAUACCUUCGAUUUUAUGCACACACUGAAUGGAAAUUCCAAUGUCUGCGCCAACAACAUUAAAUCAACAAUCGACGAUCGAACCUUUCAAUUGGAUAACGAGGAGAAUGCUGUGCUAUUCAACGAUGAAAUGGAAAUUAACCGCAACCACUUGACACUACACGAAGUACUGGGCGAAGGAGCGUUUGGUUUGGUGAAACGUGGCGUCUACAGAGACAGCAAAACCAAUGCGCUGCAUGAAGUGGCUGUAAAAAUGUUGAAAGAUCAUCCCAGUACCGAUGAGAUACGAGCAUUUCGCCGAGAAAUUGAGGUUAUGAAAUCUGUUGAGAAACAUCCAAAUAUUGUUGGAAUUAUUGGCCAUUGCACACGCUUUGGCGAGGAUAUGAUGCUCUUGACCGAAUACUGUAGUUUUGGCAAUUUGCUGGACUUUUUAAGAAAUGAAUGGCGCUUCCAUCAUGAAAUGCAAAGGAAGAAACGGUCGUUUCCAUCGAAUCCUAUUGCCGUGGAACUCCCACACAUCGGUGACAAGGGACCAAAUCCCAGUGUAGUAAAUAAAUUCAAUGUAUUUCCCGAAGAGGAAAAACCAUCAUCGCCACCCCCACCGCCCGGCACAGCCAUCGUGCAGGAUAUAAAUGGAAAACAUAAACAAUUGGCUGAAACCGUGGGAAACCGUGCAAAAAACAAAAACAACAACAACGCCAAUUGUGACAAUAAGGAACAACAUUUCCAGAACAGUACCUGUGAAAGUGUAAUUGAAAAAUUAAAACGAAAAUAUAAUGACCUAACGAAUCAGAAUUGCGACGACAUGCAAAAUGCUCAAACUGCUGGUGGCUGCAAUUCCAUGAAGCAUGAAAAGGAGCGUGGCGGUGACAUUGAAAACAUAGGGACGACAGUCGAGUCAUUGACACUGCCGGCAGAGGCGAAUGACAAACGUAACACGGAACACACACUACCACAGUUGAAAAAAUUUUUAGCUUCCAAUGCAUCCUCCGCAUCAGCAUCAGGAUCCUCGUCCCAAUCAUUGUCUUCCUCCUCCACCACGUCGUCGUCAUCAUCGUCAUCUCGUUUCAAUUCAGCCACAUCGACCAUGUUGAGCUCACCAGCCACCGAAAACAAAUCCUAUGGUUAUGAAAUUUGUUGCACCAAUGCCUGCAAAUGCAAUGUUGAUGUCAUCAUCAAAAAUAUCGAUUCAACCGAUUCAUGCCACGAGCACGAAGAGUUGGACCGUUUGCUGUUGAAACAACAAAAUCCACUACAACUGGCAUCGCAGCAUUCCAGCAAAACAAUAAUUUCGAUUAACAAUUGUGAGUGCCUACAACGGAAUGGGAGCCACCACCACCACCACCAGUUGCAUGCCCCUACCCAGGUUAAUGCCACCGACGACGAAACUAAUGAAAAUCACAUCAAAGCUCACAAACACCACCAUAAGGCCAUCGAAAACAAAGCCUAUUUCAAAUUGUUCCACGGAAAAGCCAAACACAAUGUUAAUGGAAACUGCCACAAACAUGGUGGUGGCAUUGUUGCCAACACAAACAGAAAUGACGGCAGCAAUAGCAAAGGGUCAACAAAGACCGGGGAUAAGAAUGUUCAUGAUGAUGAUGAUGCAGAUGCGGAUAAUAAAGAUGAAACAUGGCACUCACCUAGAAUUCCUUUGUCCGGUGGAGAUUUAAUUGAUAUCGCUCGACAAGUGGCCGUUGGCAUGGACUUUUUAGCAAAGAACAAAGUUGUACAUCGCGAUCUGGCUGCAAGAAAUGUAUUGGUUGCCCCCGAUAGAACAGUGAAAAUUGCCGAUUUCGGCUUAAGUCGAGAUGUGUAUCAGGAGAAUAUUUACAAGAAAACUGGAAAUGGAAAACUGCCCAUCAAAUGGCUGGCCCUGGAAUCGUUAACCCAUCAAGUCUAUACAACGCAGAGCGAUGUAUGGUCAUAUGGUAUUCUAUUGUAUGAAAUUGCGACACUGGGUGCAACACCAUAUCCCUCGAUACCAACAAAUCGUUUGUUACAUUUGCUCAAAACCGGAUAUCGCAUGGAGAAACCUAAAAAUUGCGGUCAAAAUUUCUAUGAUUUAAUGUACUCCUGCUGGAACAGCACCCCAAAUGAAAGACCAACUUUUACUGAAAUCGUAAAAAAGUUAAACGCAAUGCUGACUGAACAGCAGACAAUAGCUGAACCACAAGCACAAACAGUUUAUCCUUCACAAGGUCUAGCUGAAGAAAAAAUCCCAUUCAACGACGAUGACAAUAGAGAAGAGGAUAACGACAAUAGCUCGCGACAAUGGCGUGAAUUGGAGAGGCGAGAGAGUCCAGUGCAACAACUAUGCAACGAUGAUUCAUAUUUGAGUCCCCUGUAGAUGGACAAUAAAACGUUUAUGACAAGAGAAAGAGAUACCCUUUCAAAGCUGCAAUUAACCACAGGAUGUGUGCAUAGAUGGAAUAACGAUGCUGGUGCUGAUGGUGACAAGGAUUAAAAUAAUUGCAAUCAAUCUUUAUCCUUUUCCCCAAACUGCUGAUGUAUUCAUAACUCAACUACCAAUCUUCGGACGACAGGUGUUGUGCCUCCGAUAUAGGAUACCAUCAUCAUUUUUAUUGCAUCGCAUUGCAUUGGUAUUUGUGUGUAAUAUAUAUAAGUGUAGAUAUGUAUGAUGUGUAUAUAUUUUAUGUAUUUAAAAAUUAUAUUUUUAAAAUCUACGUAAAUAUCAAUGUACGGGUUUUUUUCUCUAUGUGUGUUUGUUUGUAGCCACAUCAUUUUAAUUAAAUUCCAAAUAAUUGGUGUCUCUUUAAUUAAACAAAACUAGCAAUUUGCAUAUCGAAUUUGUGUUAAGUCAAUAAGUUAUUUUUUUUAGUCAACUGUAAAUAAUUCCCUUUUUAAACAGAAUUUGUAGUUAACUAUAUAUGUAUAUAUGUUUUUGUGUACUUGUACUUGUUCUUGGUGACCUAAGGCAAACCAAAGAAUCAAUAAAAGACUUUUAAUAAUUUGA